AUGCGGCUUUUUCAGAAGUGGCCACGGAUUCGGCUCCCAGGGUUUCAUGCCUGCGGGCUGUGCACGGCAACUGUGCCAACCCCUCCUCUUUGGUUGACAGAGCGACUCGCACUUUUUGAGGAACUAUGGGCUGCUCAAGUAAAGAAGUCAACCAACAUGGCACAGAAAGAACAUCGGACUAUUAAAAUAUCGCUUCCUGGAGGUCAGAAAAUGAAUGCUUUGGCGUGGAGCACAACUCCUUACCAACUAGCCUGGCAAAUAAGUUCAACACUGGCAAAUACUGCUGUGGCUGCUGAAGUGAAUGGAGAACUGUAUGAUUUGGUCCGACCCUUGGAGACAGAUUCAGAUGUCAGGUUUCUGACAUUUGAGUCACCCGAAGGGAAAGCGGUGUUUUGGCACUCCAGCACUCGUGUCCUGGGAGCAGCAGCUGAACAACUCCUAGGUGCUGUUCUUUGUCAAGGUCCGAGUACAGAAGGUGGUUUCUACCAUGAUUUCUUCCUGGGGAAAGGGCGCUCUGUCCAGGGCUCAGAGCUGCCUGUUUUGGAGAAAAUUUGCCAGGAACUUAUAGCUGCUGCUCACCCCUUCCGGCGACUAGAAGCUUCUCGAGAUCAGCUUCUCCAGCUCUUCAGGGAUAACCCCUUUAAGCUUCGCCUGAUUGAGGACAAAGUAGCAGGUCCAACAGCAACAGUAUAUGGGUGUGGCAUGUUGGUUGACCUUUGUCGGGGGCCCCACUUACGGCAUACUGGGCAAAUUGGAGGACUGAAGCUGUUAACGAACUCCUCAUCCUUGUGGAGGUUUUCAGAGCCCCCAGAGACACUGCAGCGAGUGUCAGGGAUUUCCUUCCCCACAGCAGAAGGGCUGCAGGCCUGGGAAGAACAGAGGGAGGAAGCUGAGUUACGGGACCACCGGCGCAUUGGAAAGGAACAGGAACUCUUCUUCUUCCAUGAACUGAGCCCUGGGAGCUGCUUCUUCUUGCCACGAGGGACAAGGAUCUAUAAUGCACUGGUGACCCUCAUUAGGGAGGAAUAUGCCCGCCGAGGCUUCUCAGAAGUAAAAACUCCAACACUGUUUUCUACUAAACUCUGGGAACAGUCUGGACACUGGGAGCAUUAUAGGGAAGACAUGUUUAGCCUGCAGCUCCCUGGGUCUGAUAGACCCCCCAGCUUCCCAGGUGACCACUCCAGCGGCCAUCAAGCCCACACCACACUUGCACUCAAGCCCAUGAACUGCCCUGCACACUGCCUGAUGUUCGCCCACCGGCCCAGAUCCUGGCGAGAGCUGCCCCUUCGGCUUGCCGACUUUGGAGCCCUGCACCGAGCUGAGGCUUCUGGAAGCCUGGGGGGACUGACUCGGCUGCGCUGCUUCCAGCAAGAUGACGCUCACAUCUUCUGUGCCCUGGAUCAGUUGGAAUCAGAGAUCCGGGACGCCCUUGAUUUUCUCCGCGCCGUCUAUGCUCAGCUCGGCUUCUCCUUCCGUCUGGCACUGUCUACCCGGCCAUCUGGCUUCCUGGGGGAGUCUCACCUUUGGGACCAUGCUGAGCAGGUCCUUCAUCAGGCCCUAGAAGAAUUUGGGGAACCUUGGGAUCUCAGACCUGAAGAUGGUGCCUUUUAUGGACCUAAGAUUGAUGUGCACCUCCAGGAUGCGCUGGGUCGGCCCCAUCAGUGUGGGACAAUCCAGCUCGACUUCCAACUACCCUUGAGAUUUGGCCUUCAGUACAAGGGGCACAAGGGGGCCCUCGAGCGGCCAGUCCUCAUUCAUCGAGCAGUCCUAGGCUCUGUGGAAAGAAUGCUGGGAGUCCUGGUAGAAAGCUGUGGGGGAAAAUGGCCACUGUGGCUUUCCCCAUUCCAGGUCGUGGUCAUCCCUGUGGGGCCUGAACAGGAGGAAUAUGCUAGAGAGGUGCAGCAGUGCCUGCAGGCCACAGGGCUGUCUGGCGAUCUGGACGCUGACUCUGGACUGACUCUUAGCCGGAGAGUCCGCCGGGCGCAGCUUGCUCACUACAAUUUUCAAUUUGUUGUUGGCCAGAAAGAACAAAGUAAAAGAACAGUGAACAUUCGGACUCGAGAUAAUCGUCGACUUGGGGAGCGCAGCUUAACUGAGGCUGUAGGGCGGCUGCUGGAGUUACAGAACACCAGGGUCCCAAAUGCUGAAGAAAUGUUCUGA